AUGCGUCUUGAAAAACUCUUCCUAUUCACCCUCCUAUCCACCACAACUGCCACAGCCAACGUCCACCCGAAUCGAACCGCACACGUAUGGACAACCUUCGUCCCAGAAUGUCCCUUCAUCCCACAGGGGAUGCACUACGAGGUGGACAUCCACCGAGAGUCCCCCACAACCGUAUACUCGGAGAUCGGAUACAACACCUGCGUGAGCGUGCCCGUGCCACGACGACACACCCAGCUAGAAGUCAAUCAUGUGUCGAUUGGCGCGGAGAUGUUCAUGCUUAACCACCAGUUCGGGGUCCACGACCAAUGCAAUCUCACGCUGCAUGAGCUGCCCGGGUGUGAGCAGAGACCGCUGAUCGAGAAGGACAUCAGAUCCGGGAGGCCUGUGGGCGAUUGUGAACAGAGGUCGUUUUUGGCGUUUAAUCAGGUCUGGUUGAAGUUGAGUUGUCAAGAUGAGAGGCACAUCGUGGUGCAGAAUACAAGUGCUUCGUUGAAUCGGACGAGACGGGGAGGACCAUGGAGGUCUCGGUUCCUGACUUCCUAA